AUGCAAGAAGUUGUAAAUAAACCAGUUGAAAUGCAUGUCAGCAGCAAUCAAUUUACACGUAACGAUAUCAUCUAUUUCGAUAUAUAUAUAUAUAUGGAUUUUGAACCGCUCAAAAAACUUGACGAAAUGAAGGCUAUCAAACCUGAAGUUGUCGCUGAUCAAUGUCGCAGCAAACGAGUACAUAUUAAUCAUAAUGACAAAAAGAAGCAACUCUUUUC